UGUAACAAUAUCACAUUCAAGAUAAGGCUACUAGGCAGAGGACCAAACAAGCAAGCAGAAGAAAGCGGUUGCAAACGAUGCCGUAGUUAUCAUGGAUCACAUGAUGGCACUUCAUGCAGGUGGCUUUGCGCCGCCACGGUGGGUGGUGGGAUUCCGCCACCGCCACUGCUUUCACAUUAUGCAUUCGGACGGCAGGAAGAGAAGGAUAGCAGUGAGAGCGGCGGAGGAGGAGGAAGCACCACCACCGCCACCGCCACCGCCACCGCCACAGCUACCAUCACCACUUACAACAACAGUAAAGAGGACUGAAGGCGGCAGCGGUGGCGGUUUUGGUGGUGGAUCAUCACCGUUGUCGAAGACGAAGAAUAGUAGGAAUAAGGGUUCGGGGCGUGGUAAGAAGGAGAGGGAAGAGCCUGUGGUUCGUAGAAGAGAUCCCCUCCCCUCCUCAUUUUCUUCUCCAUUGUCCCCUGAACAGCAGCAACAACAACCUCCGAAGAUGGAAGAGGCUGCCUUUCUCCUGGCGUGGCUCGGCCUCGGCGCUCUCAUCUUCCUCGAAGGCAUCGGUCUCGCAGCAUCAGGUUUCUUACCCGAAGAAUUGGAUGCGUUUUUCGUGAAGUAUGUGUAUCCUUCAUUCACGCCGACUGUUGUCGUAUUUGUGGGUGGGACAGUUGCUUAUGGGGUGUUGAAGUACCUGGGAAGUGGGCCUCGCGAAAGUUAAUUUCUCAGAGUGCUAUUCCAUCCACAAGGAGGAAAAGAAAUGGAUCGACUGAAUUCUGUAUGGCACAUGUCAGCCCCGUACUGGUGUUUAUAACUAAGGAAAGUGAAAGGGAACUAUGUGAUCUUUGCCACCCAUUCUUCCCUCUGUAAGGACCUCAUGGGUUGGCAGGCAGGCCUGAAAUUUUGCAUCUCUGCAAGGAUAUCGGGCAUUCUAAAAGCUAAUUAGUUGUUAAAGCUUCACACUUGGGGCUCAGUGCUUGCCCCAUUCCCUGUAGUUUCAAGGACCUGACAUUGGAAUUAACUGACAUAGUUCUUUUCAUCCUUACUGAUAAUGUGGAACUACAGAGUUUGUUUCCCUAGGCAUUGUAUAGCAUCCGUAAGUGGGGGCGCUCAUGUUGCUUGCACACAUUAAUGUCAUUAGGAUGCCUCCCAUGCACCAACCAUCCGACCAACCUUCCCACAAUGUAUAAGGUAGCGGUAGACACUGAUGAGUCUUAUGCUGCACCUGGGCCCCCCAGCCUUUGGGGGGAGGGGGAUGGUGUGUCACUCGCACACCCAAGAAUUUUGAUUAAAAAUGGUCUAUGAUAGAUGCUC